GACACAACUGGGUAUUUAAUCAAAUUUGACCAAUGGUCUUUCAAAUGUACUGAUUAAGGCGUGUAUUUUAUUAUUUUUCCGUUUUACCGACGCGGGUACCCCGUGGUUUUGCUCCGAAAUGGAAAAAUCAUAUUUCAAGAUGUUCCACCAAAGGGAUUUUUGGGGACUUUUAGCAUGUUAACUAGGUUGUAUCACUUGUUCAAAAUCCGCUGAAAGAAAUUCUAUUGCAAUAAGUUCCACCUGGGCCAUAAAAAUUUCAUAGAUUGACUGCUUAAAAGCAAACCGUCACGCACGACAAAACAUGCUCAAAUUCCCAGGGUGAUUUGUUUUCGUAAAUAAUAUUUACAUGAAAUAUUAUUUCAUGAUGUUUCAUGAUGUACCAUGAUGUAUCAUGGUCUCUUGUUCAUAUUAAAUGGCUCUCUUGGUUACACGUUUGAUUGAUGAAAGAAUUUUAGACUUAUGCGCAUGCGCAGACUAGAUCCGCAACUGAUGACGCAGCAUUGGAGAGUAAACAAACCUACGUUUUCCCACAAAUCCCCGCGCCAGAUCGGCAGGGGCCUUGGCCGGUAUGUGCCACCACCUAAUGAUCCACACACAUUAGAAUUCGACACCACUGAAGGCCGAGUAAUCUAGUACCACUUAACUCCCAUUAGAGUACCGGAAUGGAGCUUUACGGCCAGCCUCGAAUUUAUUACCCUCAUCCUUAUCGUGUUGUGAUGGCGCCAGAGCAUCUGAGGUUCGCGCGGCCUGUCCUUGCUUAUCCUAGGUGCACAUGUGAGUGCUAUUGCGACCCCAAUCUACCCCGGCAAAUGGCGGAUUACCGCGAGGAGAUGGGCGAAGGCGAAGGCGGAAAAGAUGAUGUCUUCUUUGCAGAAAAAUCGGGCCGUCGUAAUCGAACUACCUACAAGCGCUGGCAGAUAGAAGAGUUGGAAAGCGCUUUUUCCAUCAACCCCUACCCCACGAGCCUGCAUAAGAAAGCUCUCGCUGUCCGUCUGGGCCUGAGAGAUUCAAGAGUACAGGUGUGGUUUCAAAAUCGGCGCGCUAAAUCCAAGCGAAAUCGAUCUGGCUGCCAAUCAUCCACUUACAGAGGGCAGAACGAAGGGGAUUAUUUUAGCCCGACCGCUUCCGAUUAUAGCCCGAAGAAUUCCGAAUAUCACACGAACACGUCCGACUGCUUUGGCGAGGCACGAGAGUGUUACGAGGAAUUAUCGACUUACGAUUGCCAGGACCACGGUAAAAUGAAAACCACAGGAAGCGAUAAGGAGGACGACUAAAACAAAACUAUUUAAACAUCGUCAUGAAAAACUUUGAACAUGUGUACAUAGAACAUUCAACUAUCGUAAGAGAAGAGAGCAAGUAAGGCAAAGCAAGGCAAGUUAAUUACUUGCCCCUUAUCUUGGGCGGCCGGCUAAAAACCGCGGGUUACCUUUGUGAGUGGUGCGCAGAGGAAAACUGAAGCUUAAAGUCUGUCAACCGCCAUUUUGUUAUGAUCCUAGCAAAAUAUCGGGCAGGAUAAUUUGUCAAUUUCUAUCGGUUUAAAGAAGCUUUAGCAAUAUUUUUAUUUAAUUUGGUUUAUUAAGUAUAAAACUUUCUUUUUAUAUUGAUUUUGAAAUUCCUGUCUGAAUGCAAUGAUAACAAAGGUGUGGGUGGUCUCGUCAUUCUCUUUUUAUUAAAGAUGUAGCAAACCUAUUUGUUAGAACGCAACGUUAGAACGCAAAUGAUUUUAAAUAGAUCAAGAUUGACCCUGUAACCUGUAACGUAGGAUUCCGUUCAGUUUGCUCUAGCACUGUCAAUCAAACAGCAGCACGCAUUCUUAUUGGCUUAACAAAAUUAUCAAGUUGGCCACGGUAGCACGUAUAGCCCUCAAGUCAAUUGAAGUGUGUUUGCGUGUAUUUUAUAUUUACCUAUUUAUUUGAUGCAAUAAAUUUAAGUAACAUACAUGAGAAUCUUUGCACUAGAACAAGAAAAAUAAAAAAGAUAGAGAAUUACCGUUUUUAUAAAUAAUAAAAAGUUGUAGUUAUGUAAAUAUAUAGAAUGUAAUAAACACUGUACGAUUUAUUGAUAUUCAUAUUACUAAGAAUAAACUUAUUUAAUCAUA